CGUACAUAGACAAGGGUAAAUACAUUAGAAACUACCUAGGUUGCUUGAGAAUCUGCAGAAGGAAGGAUGUCAAUAGUGCCUGUGAACCAGGGUAACGGCAGUGGCUCAAACUCCUCUGUGGAUUUUUGGGAUCCAAAUGGCAUGGCUCUCUGGGAUCCAUUCAUGGACUUUCCUCUCCCUCCUUCCCUUUCCAAUUUCUUCCCUGAUUUGGGAUUCGGGUCAUCUGUAAACACCCGUUUGGAUUGGAGGGAGACAGCAAGAGCGCACGUGUGGAAAGUGGUGCUUCCUGGCUUCACCAACGAAGAUGUGUUGGUUGAGCUUCAAGACGAUAGAGUUCUUCAAGUCAGCGUGGAGAGUGGCAACUUCUUGAGCAAGUUUAAGAUCCCUGACGAUGGCAACAUCCAACAGCUCAAAGCCAACAUGAAUCAUGGGGUUCUCAUUGUCACUGUUCCCAAGUUUGAUCAACCCGCUGCCAAUAGGAACAUAAGGAUUGUUGAAAUUGAUGGCACUGGCUGAAUCUAUCAACAAUCCCCACAGGGACUAGUGAGGAAACCCUAUUCAAUUGUUCCCUCUAAUCGAAAUCUAAACAAAACAAUAACUGCUGUCUUUCUUGUAACCUUUAGUCAUACCUAUGUAUGUGUCUGUUUGUUUCGUCUUUCUGAUGUUGUGUACUUUGUUACCGUGUUCUGUUAAGUCAAACCAACGUGUAUUAUAUAUGUAAUUAUAUAACUCUUAUGUCCUAAUAUGGCUGAGCUGGCGGUUUUCAGUUUGAGUACUUGGGAUGGAUUUUAGACUUGUUUAAUGUUGCUUAGUUUUGCGUAAAUUAUCUAAUUGACAUAUUAGACGAAAAAUGUGACCAUGAUUGUUCAGGUUCUUGUGGAAAAAUGCUACCAAGUCAAGAACGAUUGUUUGGAAUGAACCCAAGUAUCAGAUCCCUUGAAACAUUUAAUCGCCUCUACUCGAUAUUCGAGUUGUUGUUAAAUUUAUAGGGCUUGGAUCUUGUGGACUACGAGUCUGCAAAUGAUGUGGGACUCUUCAAAUGCGGCAGCGUAUAUGAUGGAUGAUGCAGAAAAACUUCACGGACUUGGACUUGCUCGUCUCCAUCAUUUGAAGUAGCAACCUCAGUGCUCUGAACCAGGUGGCAAUUGUGAGGCCUCAAGAAUCUCACCAAGAUGAAGCUUGGCAUGUAUAUGUAUGAUUCACACCGACGCUUCUUCAAUGGCAAGGAUCUAGUGCUAAAGUAUCAUGAAUGGAAGAAAUUAUUGUAUAGAAUAACAAAGCUAAUUUUUUAAGAAUUUAAAAAUAUAGCUAAUUUCAUUUUGUGAUUGACCAGGAUUAUGAACAUGCAUGGUUUCAAAUCAUAUAGUAAUUUCUCCAUGAUGGAGAACAAGAACAGAGCAUUUUGUUUUAGGACAGGGCAUAUUUCUAUUUGAGCAAACAAAGAACGGUGCUCACUUUUACUGUGAGUGUUAU